GCGGCGGUGAGUGUCGGGGGCGCGCGGCCAUGGCCUUUCGCAAGAAGAGCGCCAAGAACCCCCCGGUCCUGAGCCAGGAGUUCAUCCUGCAGAAUCACGCGGACCUCGUCGCCUGCCUGGGGAUGUUCUUCGUGCUGGGGCUCAUGUUCGAGGGGACCGCCGAGGUGUCCAUCGUGUUCAUCACGCUGCAGCACAGCGUCUCCGCCCCGGGCGCGCAGGGGCCGGCCUCGGAGGCCAGGUCCCUGUACCAGUACGGCGUCAAGGAUCUGGCCACCGUCUUCUUCUACAUGCUCGUGGUCAUCAUCCUGCACGCCACCCUGCAGGAGUACGUGCUGGAUAAAUUCAACAGGCGGAUGCAGUUCCCCAAAGCGAAACAGAGCCGGUUCAAUGAGUCCGGGCAGUUCAGUGCGUUCUACCUGGUGUCCUGCGUCUGGGGCACCUUCAUCCUGGCCUCCGAGGACUGCCUGGCCGACCCCGCGCUGCUGUGGCGAGCCCGCGCCCACCGCGUGAUGACCUUCCAGAUGAAGUUCUUCUACAUAGCGCAGCUGGCCUACUGGUUCCACGCCUUCCCCGAGCUCUACUUCCAGAGGACCAAGAAACAGGACCUCCCCCGCCAGCUGGUCUACAUCGGGCUGCACCUCUUCCACAUCGCGGGCGCGUACCUGCUGUACCUCAACCACCUGGGGCUGCUGCUGCUGAUGCUGCACUAUUUUGUGGAGUUUCUCUCCCACAUCUGCGACCUGUUGUACUUCAGUGAUGACAGGUACCAGAAGGAGCUCUCUCUCUGGGCAGUCGUGUUCAUUCUGGGGCGGCUCGUGACGCUCAUGGUUUCUGCCGUCACCGUGGGCUUCCACCUGGCCGGAGCGCAGAGCCCCGGCCCCGACGCCCUGGCCGGAGACGUGAAUGUGCUGGCAGCCAAAAUCGCCGUCCUGGCGUCCAGUUGCACCAUCCAAGCCUACAUCACCUGGAAUCUGUUUAGCGCCCAACUUCAGAGGUGGGUGAGAGAAGAGGCCACUCUCCAGGCCCCAAGUGGGAAGAAGAAACGGACUAAAGGCCGGUCCUCGAGAAAAGGAACAGAAAACGGGGUGGCCACUUCCAGUAGAGUAGACUCUCCCCAUAAGAGGAAAGAGAAAUCUUCGUAAUGAAUUACAAACUAGUGGAUUCAUGUCCCCAAAGAAGUCUACUCUUGAUUAGCAGAUACUUUUCUGCACUGGAGACUUUUUGGUUCUUGAAAAUAGUUUGUGCUGUCCUUGAUUUUUGCUAUUGUACUGUGUAAUGUAUGUUUUUAAAAGCCUUAGAGAGGGGAGAAUCAUUAUUAUGAGUGGGGGGAAAGUGAUGAUUUUUAACUAAGCAACUUGUCCUCAAAAUAAUUUUGGGAUCACCACUGUUUUUUUUUUGUUGUUGUUUUUUUGUUUUUUUGUUUUUCAUCUUUGAACCUUUUCCUAAUGAUUUAUAGAGAUGACUAUACAAUUCUUGUGUAUCAGUGGCACAAUUUCUUGCUUCCACCAAUCUUUUAUAACACUAGCAAGAUGGUCGGUUACAACAAUUUUCAUGUUCUCUUUCAGAAUAUAAUGAAAAUAAUAUACAGGGGGGAUCAACGUCAAUAAUUUUUCAGUGUUCUCCAAUUUCUUAGAAUUUUUUUAAUUUAGAAUUUACAGCUGAAGAAAAGAUUUGUAAAGCCACCAAGAUAAUAAUGUGUUUUAUAGCUAGUGGUUCAUAGUGUUACAUCCCCAUUAAAGAACCUAAAUACUAAUGGAUAAUGUGUGGAGAUUUAUUGUCAUACACCUAAUUAAUAUAAAAGUAUUAUUGAACAAAUACUUAUUCUUGUCCAUUAUAAACAAUUGUAAACUGGAAAUCAGAAAAUUAAAUAUUUACUGUGAGAA